GCGAGCAGAUGAUUCACACCCGGACAGGAAGAGGUGGACCGGAAGUGAGCUGCAGAGUGCCUGUGUGUGUGUGUUGAGGUGAAAAAUGUCGAAGGUGUGAAACUACCUGAGGCUGAAGAAGAGGAGGAGGAUGGAGCUGCAGCCGAUGAAGACUCCGCUCAGCGACAGACUGAGAGUUGCUGUGCAGGAGAUAGUCCACGUGCUGCAGAGGAAGAUGAUGAAGAGGAUGAAGAUGAUGAUGAAGAAGAACUCUGAAACGUCAGCUGAGCACCAGAGGGCCGUCGUGCACAAGCGACUGUCGGUUGUUGCGGACGACAUCUUUAGGAUCCUGGAGAAAAUGAUGAGUGAUUAUGAAGCGGAUAUCUCCCGUUCCCAUGACGACAUCGAGCAGCAGCGCCUGGACGUCACGUUGAAAACUGAGACGGACUCAGAUCGACUCUGUGGGUCGGACGUUUCCUCCGAGCAGCAGAGACGUGAGCAGAGCAGCAGCUCGAAAACAUCAGGUUCACCGCAGUUCAAAGACGCGUCCACGGAGACGGACUCCGAGUUCAUCCACACUAAGCCUUCACAUCUUCACCCGACACAAAUGGUGGAGAAAGGCACCUCGACGCUGACGGAAACAGAGACUCGCGGGGAACAGUGUGUGCUGUCGUCGAGAAAUUCAGAAGCUGGGAGCGAAAAUAAAGACAGCAAGAAAGAGCCGAGUGAGAAAACGCUCAAAUCAAACAAGAAAAUAACUCUUCAGAGCCCGAGACAAAGCCACGGGGCUUCCCACGAGGACGACGCCGGCCGGAAGAAAAUAAAAACGCACACGAGGAAAAAUGCUACGACAGACAACAGUCAGACUGCAGGACAGAGCUGUUGCAGAGUGUGUGGAAAGUUUUUCCGCUACAAACGCUCUUUUCUGAAACACGUUCUUCAGCACGAGCACAGCAGCGACCUGUGUGGAGUCUGCGGAAAACAUUUGGAGUCUCACGACAGCCUCAGGUUUCAUUUACAAACCCACAGAGAGGAGAACAUCUGCAGGGUCGAAGCAAGUGACAAACAGUCGGAGGCAGACGCUGAGAGUAACGCGGGGGACAGUGACGAGGACUGGAAGGAGAGCGAAGGCAGUGACGGCGAGGAUGUGGACAGCGAUAAAGAUGAGAGCAAAAAAAGAAAGACGCAAACAAAAAUCCCGGCGUCAAACAAACCGAAAAAACCAAGGUACCAGGAUUUAUCUCACGUGAAAUACUGCUGCAAAGUGUGCGGCAGGUCUUUCUGCUACAGAGCCUCUUUUUUGAAGCACGUGCAGGAAGACGAGAUGGACACAGACGUUUGUGGCGUCUGUGGGAAACGGUUUGCGACUGAGGAGAACCUGAGGCUUCACUUGCAGACGUACAUCAGAUCCAACGACUGUGAAGUUUGCGGCAAACAUUUUGACGGCCACCAACAGCUGGAGAUGCACAUGAGAACCCACACGGGAGAGAAACCGUACAUCUGCAGCGUCUGCGGCAAAGCCUUCGCUCAGAACGGAAACCUGAUGGGACACAUGAGGAGGCACACGGGUGAGAGGCCGUAUGUUUGCAGCGUGUGCAGUCAGGGCUUCAGCUCUAAAGAGAGCAUGAGGGAUCACAUGCGGAUCCACACCGGCGAGAAACCAUUUCUCUGCAGCAUCUGCGGAAAAGGAUUCAGACAGAGGGGGACCCUGAAGACGCACAUGAUGAUCCACACGGGGGAGUUCCCGCACCGAUGCAUUAUCUGCGACAAGAAGUUCUUCAAGAGCGGUGGGCUGAAGAUCCACAUGAGGUCGCACACCGGGGAGAAGCCGUUCCUGUGCAACAUCUGCGGGAAAAGCUUCACCGCCAACAGCUCGCUCACCAAACACAUGGGCGUCCACGAUAGAGACCGAACGCACGGCUGCAGAGUCCGCGACAAGCGACCCUCGAGGGAAGAGGAUCUGAAAAGACAAGUUCAGACUCACGGGGAUCAAGUUGCGCAGAUGACGACUCUUCAACGCUAAAUUACAGACGGAUGGAAACCCAGAAAACUGGCUGACGUUGGUGUGGAGGCAUAAGAAAAUAGUUUUAAUGUUCAGUUUUCCAUCUUAUCAAUGUCACAGGUUGAAUUUGAGUUAUAAUCACCGAACAGCUUUUAUUAUUUUUGUAAUUUACAACAGUUUAUUAUUUAAGAUAAUAAAUAAAUGUGUCCUUUUGUCUUUGAGUCUUUAAGGUUUUUUUUUUAGAUGCGAGAACGUUCCUCAGUGGAGCUCAGACGAUCCAUGAAUCCACAGACAUGACAUGAAAAUCCAGUUUCAGUUGAUGAGGUUUAGAAACCUGUAAAACAACAGUGAGAAACCAGACGGACUCACAGACGUGUAGUUUAAACACAAUUUAUUUUUCUGCUUAAAUAAUUACUUGGAUCAUCCAGUGUAAGCUAUGUCGGUUCAUCAUACAUGUCGGUACCAGAUUCAUCAUCAACAAUGGAUUCGCAGGGUGGCUUCGUAUGAAAAGAAAAACAAAGUGACUUACAGAAGAACAGAAAAUCCGAUUUUUAAUGUUUGAUUAACACCGAUUUCUUUUCUGUGAUUUUAGUCGUUAAUAAAAAGGAUCAGGCGUGAGUGGCGGGGCUAAAAAAAAAAAUUCAAUC